GUAGCACCAGAGGUUUGGUAUCGAACACUAAAUUAACCUUAGCUACACAAUAGAAGAUACGACGGAGACGUGGAUACGUAUCUUAACACUACACCUCUCAUGUGGAAGAACUGAGAAGCUGUCUCCAGUUACGUCUCCGGAGGCCAACAGAGCUGACACAUUAACUUCUGACACCAAGGGCCACCGCUGUUUGUUGUUUGAAAUCGUUCCCAUUAGCUAACACAAGUAUGCCCAGCACAACAGGGAGAAGUGACUUGCCACCUACAAAAAUAAUCGUCGUCUACAGGAACGGAGAUGCCUAUUUUCCCGGCAGGAAAGUAGUUGUGAAUCCGCGGUACGUGCCAUACUUUGACAACUUUUUGACAUCUCUGACCAAAGGGAUUGAAGCACCUUUUGGCGCUGUGAGGAGGCUCUACACCGCCACACAAGGCCACCAAGUUCACCAUCUGGAUGACCUUCAGCACGGGAGUGAGUAUGUCGCGGCCGGAAAUGAGGCGUUCAAGAAACUGAAUUAUUGUGAAAUAGCAGCCAAGAAGCCACAAAAUAAGAAAAAAGAACAGAUCCAACCUGUUGUUCACAGCAGGAUAGUAGUUUCUGCCCGCUGGAAGAGAACUGCUGAUGAGUCUUGCACAAUAAACGUCUUCACCAACGGAGAAGUGCUGGUUCCUCCGGCUCGAAUACGGAUCCCAAAGUAUACCCUUAGAAGCUGGGAAAACGUUUUAGCUAUGGUGACAGAGAAAGUGCGUCUUCGCACGGGUGCUGUUUUCAGGCUUUGCACAUUAAACGGACACCCUGUCUCCGGUCCCACUGAACUGGAGAACAACCACUACUAUGUUGCAGUCGGUUCAGAAAAGUUUAAGGCUCUCCCAUAUUACCAGUGUGUCCCCAGGAGGGAUUUGCUUAGGGAAAAUAACAUGACUGAAGGCCAAGGCAUCCUGCCCAGUACCAAAAUCAAAAGAUAUGCAAAGAAUGUGCCUGAUGACACACACAGUUGUCUGCUCCCGCAGGACCUGACAAGCUCUGGAGAAGACCUUGAGCACACAGCCAGGGGCCAGACAAAGAAACUCACAGCCAAGGCAGAGAGAACCAAACAACAAGGGCAGGUGUCCAAGAACCCAGUUCUCUUCCCCCCAGUGGAGGGCAGCGUGUUCAAUGCACAAAACAAAAGGAGUGAGAUGGCAGGAGCAGCAGAGGUGCAGGAAGACCGCCAGUUGAAGGUGGAUCUGCCAAUUGAUCAGGUUGAGGCCAAGAUAGUUGAAGAGGAGUAUGAAGAUGGGAAUCGUUGUGCGAGUUCCUGCAAGGCCUCCCUCCGUGAUUCAGAUGACUCGAGUACGCAAAGGUCUUCCACCACAGAUUCCGGGAAAAAUGAGGCUAAAGAGAGGGAGGCGUCUUCCAAGCUCGGCAGAACACGGUCGCAGAUGUCCCUGUUUUUCAAGGGAAGAAAAUUGAAACUUCAACAUUAGUUGUUUAGAUCUGCAUGAGAUUCACUCCAGAGAAUCAUAGAAUACAGUGUCACACUGCUAAGGACCAGACGUCCUCAUUCUCUUCUGUCUCAAGAAGCCAGCUGCUCAUGUAUAAGAUGAAACAGUGUUAUAAACCAAAUAAAAAUGUCUUUUCUCCUGACAG